AUGCUCUCGCUCAACGUUAACACUCCAAAACCUCCAUUCCUCGCCACGCCCUUCCUCCCCAAGCAGCAGCUCCGCCGUCUCAACCCUCCGCAGCCGCCUCCGAAACCGUUCUCGGUCUCCGCCCUCAUCCUCCCUCCCUCCUCAUCCCCCUCCCCUCAGAAACAGCAGCUCUACCAGCCCUUCCGGCCGCCGCCGUCCCCUCUGCCCCCUCGCUACCGCAAUCUCGACACCAACGCCCGCCUCGAGAUCCUCACUAAUCGCCUGGGCAGCUGGUUCGAGUACGCCCCCCUCAUUCCCUCCCUGGUCAGUGAGGGCUUCACUUCCUCCACCCUUGAGGAGCUCACCGGAAUACCGUCGGUGGAGCAGAACCGCCUGGUGGUGGCCGCCCAGGUCCGUGACUCCCUGGUCCAGUUGGCUGACGAUGACACGGUCUCCUUCUUCAACUCCCCCGCUUCCCCGGAGAUCCUGUACGAGAUCCGCACCCUCAACGGGCCCCAGCGGGUGGCUGCCGCCCGGUUCAUUAUUGCCAAGGGGUUGGACACAGGGAGGGCCGCGGAGGAGCUGGCGAGGUCCAUCAAGGACUUCCCCCGCCGGUAUGGGGACAGGGGCUGGGAGAGCUUCCAAGGGGUUUCCCCUGGGGACUGCCUGGCGUUCAUGUACUACAGGCAGGCGCAAGAGCACAAGUCUGCCGCGACAUCCCCCGAGCUAAGCCGGGCUGCCCUGGAGCGGGCACUGGAGGUGGUUGAGACUGUGAAAGGGAGGCGCAGGGUGGAGGAGGAUUUGGACGGAAAGGCAGAGGAGGAGAGUGGUGGCGUGGCUGGGGAGGUUGAUGGGCUUGUUAGGAAGGUGCCCGUUGUUAGGAUGGCGUUGGGGGAGGUGGCCGAGUCAAGCGUGGUGGUGCUUCUGCCAGUGUGCUGUGGAGUGGAGGAGGUGGAAGAGGCGCCGUGGGAGGUGGGCAUGGGAGGGGACUUUGGGGUGGUGCGGCCGGAGAGAGGGUGGAAGCAGUGGGUUGUGCUGCCCGGGUGGGCCCCCGUGGCAGGGCUGAGGAGGGGCGGGGUGGCCGUGGAGUUCCGGGACAUGGGGGAGGAGGUGAGACUUGUGGUGGUAGACAGGGGGCUUAGGGAGGUGGGGUCGGAGGGAAGUUUUUAUCUGGUAGCGGGUGCCGGCAGUAAUGGGGAUGCCGCUGGAGGAGGAUUGAGAGUCGAGAGAGGUGCCAAGUUGAAGGAGAUGGGAGUUGAGGUGAGCCUCGGGACUGUGGUUUUGGUGGUUAGGCCGCCUAGGGAUGAAGUUGAUAAUCAAUUGGAAGAUGACGAUUGGGAGUGA